CCGGCGAUAUUAGCUAGCGCUCGCUAACGGUAUUCUCUGCUAAAGGGAAGACGGUAACUCAAGCAAAUCAACUCCUGGAUUGUUUUAAGGACUGAACCUCGCGAAAUAAUAACAGGUCGAGGAAGGAGUAAUUAAGCUGUAAACGUUAUAAACGACGUUGUAAUAUUUUUGGUUGUUGGGUGUCUGUUGUCUCACGAUGGAAGAUAACGGUGCACAUUUCUUCGAGGGGACCGAGAAGCUGUUGGAGGUGUGGUUCUCUCGGCAGGAUGAGACCAAAGGAAACGGAGACCUCCGUACCAUCCCAAGGUUUGAGUGGGACAAACUCUUGGAAAAUGUGCAUUGUUUGAUAAUAAGUGUGACAAAGACUGACAAGCAGGAAGCUUAUAUACUCAGUGAGAGUAGCAUGUUUGUCUCCAAGAGACGUUUCAUUUUGAAGACAUGCGGAACCACCCUCUUGUUGCAAGCACUGGUGCCUCUGCUGGAACUCGCCAGGGAGUACUGCGGCUUCGACACCAUUGAGAAUUUCUUCUACUCCCGUAAGAACUUCAUGAAACCAGCCCAUCAAGAGUUCCCUCAUCGAAACUUCCAGGAAGAAGUGGACUUCCUCAGCCAGAUUUUUCCCAAUGGUGCAGCCUACUGUAUGGGACGUUUGAACUCUGACUGCUGGUACCUGUUUACUCUGGAUAUGCCAGAGUACUGGGAGAACAAGUGUGCUGAUCAGACGCUGGAAGUUCUGAUGAGCGACCUUGAUCCAGCCAUCAUGGACCAGUUCUACAUGAAAGACGGUGUUUCCGCAAGUGAGGUCACUCGUAUGAGUGGAAUUCGUGACCUGAUUCCAGGUUCUGUGAUUGAUGCCACAAUGUUCAACCCUUGUGGAUACUCGAUGAACGGGAUGAAGACUGACGGAACCUACUGGACCAUCCACAUCACCCCAGAGCCAGAGUUCUCCUACGUCAGCUUUGAAACAAACCUCUCCCAGACAUCAUACGAUGAAUUGAUCAGGAAGGUUGUGGAGGUGUUCAAGCCAGGAAAAUUUGUGACUACACUCUUUGUCAAUCAGAGCUCUAAAUGUCGCAGUGUCUUUUCUACUCCCCCAAAAAUGGAGGGCUACAAGCGCCUCGACCGCCAGUUGGCUCAAUUCAACGAUUACAAUUUUGUCUUCACAAGCUACACCAAGAAUCGCCAGCAGAACCAGCAGCAGAGCUGAGGGUCGAGGAUGAAGAGGCGCAAAAAACGUGGCGCCUCGGCGCUCCCACGUUGCAAUGCGCUUCACCACAGAGUAGCGAGCUUGUCAUCAUCGUCUCUCCUGUCCCACCCUCCCCGCUGCUGCUGUCACCAUCCAGAUUGUCCUGGUGUCAGCGAUGGCGCUGCUGCCCCUACUUUAACUUCCAGUUUGAGUUGUUUGCAUUGUUGUACCCGUGACUUAGAUCCCUUGCAUGAAAGCUCUUUUCUCUGUUACGAUAUUCUAGCCCACUCUUGCUGUGAUCUUGAAGUGCAUGUAGAGGUAUUAAACACGCUCUGUUUCAGGCUGUCCACCUGUGCCCAGUACAAUGGUCCCUUCCUGCAGGUGUCCCCCCUCAUUCCCCACAGACAAGGUUUCCGCCCACCCUAGACCAGGACCCUGACGUGCUCAGAUCAGUCCGCCUCUUAUGAGCAUACUUUAGAUCUCAUCCAUUGGUUUAAACUUCAAAUUGCACCCACCCACCUAGUUAGCAUGACUAUUUCUCUACUCUGUUACUGAGUUUAUUUUAAAACCCUGUUUACUCAAGGUACUUGGAGGCAAAUCACCUCAGCUCAAGUUGUGCUGAGCUUGGGCAUUGUGGGAUUGUCUUUGAAAUGCCAUCUUGCUUUGAUGUUGCACUAAAGGUUCAAAAGUUCUCAUCUUAUUGGUCAGGUUUUGUUUUUUGGCAGUUUUGUUCUUUGGUAAACUUUCAGCUUAUACACUUCAGAUCUGAGCUUGAACAUUUUACAUUGGCCCACAUCUGUAGGAAGCAUCUAGAUAUUUCAACCCAGUCAUGCAGCAUUCACAGAGGGUUUUUUAAAAAAAAACAAAAACCUGAAUGUAGCACAGGCCGUGCAGAGCGGCUUGCUCGGCCAUCUUUCGAAUGUACAUUUCUCUGGAAAGAAAGCCUGGAACAGGUUUGAGCUGAAUGUACGACUCCAGACAACGCGCUCACAAUGCCCUCUGCUGACCGGCCAUUGUUCAGCCCCAGCCCACCGAGAGCCAGCCCUCCUGGCCACUCGCACUGUGUUCAGCUCUGAAAGGAAAUAAUGAAUCAGACACUUUUUGCUUUAGUUGCCCACCAAAGCAUCCCCCCAAACAUAAUAUCCACCCUGUCUCUUUCUGCCACAUACAGAGAUGUAAGCGCACAAAAGAGGCCCACUAGUCUGAGCAUGCCAGGGUGGUCCCAGAUCAUUCCGCAUAUAACCACUACAUAAACUGCCAUUUAUGAAAUUUAUUGUGCCCUCACUUUUUUCUUUUUGUCAUUUGGGUCAAUGCCCUUUGUUUGCAAGGGGAAUCCUGACACACUGCAUGUGACUACUAGUGCCGUGUUGCUCAACAGUGUAAUGUAGCGCUGUCUCUGCUGUCAGUGUGUGUGCUUCACCUUCCUCUUGUUUUACAAGGUGAAAGUUGGAACUGCCCCAACCUGGUACAUGUUGGAUAGGUGGUUUUGUUUGUAUUUUAUUCCCCCUUUUUGUUUUGGUUUUUAUUUUAAUUUUUUUAUAAAUUUCAUGUACCUGUCUAACUCUUAUAGAUUUCAGGCUUCAGACAGGUGCUAAAAGCAGGAGAAGUUUCAGUCUUGUUUGUGGUUUUGUUUUUAUUUGAUACCCUACUACAGCUAAGGUUUAGCUUCUCCUGCCAGAGAAUGCUGUUAGAAUCUUGCAGAUGUGAUAGUUUUAUCCUGAUUUCAGCACUUGACAUCAUCUAAGGAACUUAGCAUGCUAGUCAAGCUAGCACUUGGUAAAUUUAUCUAUAAGGGCAGGAAUUUUGAAAAGUGUCCCUCUAGUGUGGCUACGUGGCUUUUUGGUUUUCUUUUUUUUUUUUCCUUCAAUUUAAGAUUAAAUGACUUGUAAUGGUAGUCUGAUUUAUAUUUUUUAAGAAUUUCCAUCUAGCAACAGAAAUGGUAUGCUAGCUGUUGGAUUAAGUGCAUUUCAGCCUUGUUGGUGUGGAUCGUUGGUGUUUUUAUAUGGUGAUCUCUAUUUUGCAGUUUAAUGGUAAUUGAAUUUUAUACAAAAUAUUUUGUAUUUCUGCUGCGGACCAAUUUUAUUUUUAAUUUUUUUCUUUCUGCCCUUUGGUUCUAGAUGUUUUUGUGAAAACGAUGUUCCAACAAAGUUACUUGAGGGAUGACCGUUUCCAAGUUGACUAGAUCAUGUUAUCACUUUGCUUUGUGAAUUCAAGGAAACGGAAGCCAGGAAAGCCUCCUGCUUGUGAGGGUACAGUUGCAGGUUGUACUGAAUGAGCAACUUUGCUGUUCUAAUUCAUUUAUCUGUUCUCUGGAUGGUCAAGAUGUGCUAAAUAUCUGUGCUAUGAGCUUAAUGCUUCAAUAAAAGAUACUUAAAUGUGA